AUGUUGUUUAUUCAGCUUAGUAUGGCGGAAUUCACAAAACUAUUCAUAUUUCCUUUUCUCUGUGUCCAUAUCGCCGUCUGUUCAUAUCUAUCUAUCUAUCUAUCUAUCUAUCUAUCUAUCUAUCUAUCCCAAUUUGAUCGCAUCUCUCUCUCUUUCUAUCUAUCUAUCUAUCUAUCUAUCUAUCUAUCUAUCCUUUGUCAUUAUUAUUAUUAUUAUUAUUCCUCUAUUUGUCUAUUCAUCUAUCUACUUUUUCUCAGUUGCUAUCUAUCUAUCUAUCUAUCUAUCUAUCUAUCUGAACUUAUUCAUAUGUAUCUAUGCCAGUCUGUCCCCCCUCUCUCUCUCUCUAUGACAGUAUCUAUCUAUCUAUCUAUCUAUCUAUCUAUCUAUCUAUCUAUCUAUCUAUCUAUCUAUCUAUCUGUCUGUCUGUCUAUCUAUCUCUCCUUUGUCAUUAUUAUUAUUAUUAUUAUUAUUUCUCUAUUCAUCUAUCUACUUUUUCUCAGUUGCUAUCUAUCUAUCUAUCUAUCUAUCUAUCUAUCUAUCUAUCUAUCUAUCUAUCUAAGUUUGUUCGUAUCUAUCUCUGUUCCUUCAUAG